AGGUCCCUCCUUAUGCGUCAAGAACCCGCAGCGCCUCAACAGGCUCGGCGAGCCAUAAACAAGCUCAGAUAGCCAUAAAUACACCCAACAAAGCCUAUCCACCGCUUUAGCUUGGCGCUGCAAAUGGAUUGCUCUUAUGACUGCGUCGACUUCACCUGUGAUCCCGCCCGCCGACUGGUGGCUGCGCUGCCGCUUGUAUCUUAUCGAAGCCUACCGCGCCACCAUCGUCGCUCGGUACCGACCUCUGCGUCCUUCACUCGAGAGCGACGUGCGGGAGACUUCCGUAGGCUGAUGGCGGGGCGCGUCUACGGCGAAUGGGAUGACACCUUCCAUACGAAUGGGGCCUUCGCUACGUCUCUGCCGCUGCUUCAUGGCAAUAUCUCGGGGCCAUGGACAUCCCCUCGGGCCUCCCUGGCGUUCUCGUUCUAGCUGUGGGGUCCUUCUCUCCCAACUGGCAUCUCUGAAUUCAGUACACCACUCUUGGGCCGUUCUUCUUGCGCGAUUACGCGGAGACUCAGUACACUUUCUUCAACGCGAGCCCCUCGUAAGCCGCUCAGCGAAAGUAACUAACCAAGUACGAGGACUUUGGCUGGCUUCUGGCCUAUCAGCAGCUCCUCUGCAUACCUGUUUAACGCGCGACCGGUGCGGGCCGCAGCGCAAUGCACGAAGUCGCGACGCGCUCUAUCCACAACUUGGACUCCGCGCCACUGACUGUCUGAGGCCGAGCGAUGCCCAGGUCAAGGACCGACGAACUACGUGACCUCUCCGUGCCUGGCGUAUACGAUGGCGGCAAAACUCGAAGCGGGCGGAAGGCACCUUUA